GUCCUUUGGCUGUGCCUGGGCUGUGGCUGUGCCUGAACUCCCUGAUUCCUUUCCUUUUCCCAGGAUUUCCCCAGAAUGCGGCUCCCUGUGCUCUGCCUGUUCCUGAACUCCCCGAUUCCUUUCCUUUUCCCAGGAUUUUCCCCAGAAUGCGGCUCCCGGUGCUCUGGCUGUGCCUGGGCUGUGGCUGUGCCGUCUCCCCGGGCCCCUCGUGCCUGUCGGCGCAGUUCCGCAGGCCGGGGGAUUUUGUGCUCGGGGGUUUGUUCCCCUUUGGGAAGGACACGGUGAACCUGAGCGCCCGCAGCGAGCCCACCCUGCUGCAGUGCGAGAGGCUGUACAUGAACGGGCUGAUCUGGGCUCUGGGCAUGCGCUUCGCCAUCGAGCAGAUCAACAACUCCAGCUGGCUGCUGCCGGGGGUCACGCUGGGCUACGACAUCCACGACUCGUGCUUCGAGCCGCUGGUGGCCCUGCAGCCCAGCCUGCUCUUCCUCAGCCGCAGGGGCACCACGGCCAUCGGGGUGCUCUGCAACUACACCCAGUACCAGCCCCGCGUCACCGCCGUCAUCGGCCCGCACAAGUCCGACCUGUGCCUGGUCACGGCCAAACUCUUCAGCUCCUUCCUGAUCCCGCAGGUGAGCUACGGCGCCAGCAGCGAGACCCUGAGCAACACCGAGCUCUACCCGUCCUUCUACCGCACCGUGCCCAGCGACAAGAACCUGGUGGAGGCCGUGGUGCUGCUGCUCAACCAGUUCGGCUGGAACUGGGUGGCCGUGGUGGGCAGCGACGACGAGUACGGCCGGGCCGCGCGCGCGCUCUUCCUCGGCACGGCCGGCGCCAACAACAUCUGCAUCGCCUUCGAGGGGCUCAUCCCCACCGAGCUGGCCGAGCCCGGCGCCAAGAGGCAGCUGGAAGACACCGUCAGGGUGAUCAACAGCACCAAAGUCAACGUGGUGGUGCUGUUCGCCUACAGCCUGCCGGCACAGGCGCUGCUGGACGCCAGCAUCGCCAUGGGGCUGGGCAAGAAGGUGUGGGUGGGCACCGAGGCCUGGAUGGUGUCGGACAUCGCCGCCACCACGCCCAACAUCCAGAGCAUCGGGACGGUGCUGGGCUUUGCCAUGAGGGCGGGCACGGUGCCCGGCUUCCAGGAGUACGUGGCCGAGCUGCUGGGCUCCGUCACGCAGGACGGGUUCUGCCGGCGCUCCAGGGAGCUGAGCCGGCUGGGCAGCGCCGAGGGGCCGGACACGCGGUGCCAGCAGUGUGACCGUGUCACCCUCGGGGACAUCUGGCCCAGGCUGGGCGUGACCACGGUGCAGCCGGUGCACGUGGCCGUGUACGGCGUGGCCCACGCCCUGCACAGAGCCCUGGGCUGCAACGCCAAAGGCUGUCCCAAAACUCUCAUCAGGUCCUGGCAGCUGCUGCACUUCAUGAACACCCUCCCGUUCGAGGUGAACGGGCAGAGCUUCAGGUUUGAUCAGUCCCACGGCACAAACACGGGCUACAAACUCAUCCUGUGGGCCUGGAGGGACGGCAGCCUCACCUACCUGCCCGUGGGGGACUACGACCAGUCCCUGUACAUCCGCAGGUCCGAGAUCCAGUUCCACACCGCAGAUAAGAAGGAGCCCACGUCCGAGUGCUUCAGGCGCUGUGAACCAGGACAGUUCAGGAGAAUAAAAGGAUUCAACCUGUGCUGCUAUGACUGCACAGACUGCUCAGAAAACACCUUCUGGAGCAGCGCAGACAGCACCUCCUGCUCGCCGUGCCCGCGGCACCAGUGGGCCCCGGCGCGGAGCACGCGCUGCCACGACCGCGCCGAGCGCUUCCUGUUCUGGGACGAGCCUCUGGCCGUGGCUCUGGCGGCGCUGGCGGCGCUGACGGCGGCGCUGAGCGGCGCGGCCGCGCUGCUCUUCCUCAGACACCUCCGUUCUCCGCUGGUGCGGCUGGCGGGCGGCGGCCGCAGCGUGCUGGGCCUGCUGUGGCUGCUGCUGCAGAGCCUCAGCUGCUGCCUGUACGUGGGCAGGCCCGGCGGCGCGCGCUGCGCGCUGCAGCAGCUCUCCUUCGCGCUCUGCCUCAACGGCUGCCUCUCCACGCUGCUGCCCAAGGCGCUGGAGGUGACACUGGUGACAGAAUUCCCCCGCUUGCUGCGCUGGGUGACGCGCGGCAGGGCCUGGCUGCUGGUGGCCGCCUCGUUCCUCGUCCAGGCGUUGCUCUGUUUCUGCCACCUCCGCCUGGGGCCUGAUUUUUUGGUGGUUGACUACGCGUCGCUGCCCAGCGAGGUGCUGCUGGUGUGCGGCACCCGGUCCUGGGCCGCCUUCGCCCUCCUGCACGGCUUCAACAGCGGCCUGGCCUCCGCCUGCUUCCUGUGCACCUUCAUGGUGCAGACCCCGCGCGGCCGCUACAACGUGGCCAGGGGCAUCACCUUCGCCACGCUCGGCUGUUUGGUCAUCUGGAUCUUCUUCCUGGUGAUUUUCGCCACGCUCAGGACGGUGCUCAGGGCCGUCACGCAGAUCUGCACCGUGCUGGCCACCAGCCUGGCCAUCCUGGCCAGCUACUUUGCGCCCAAGUGCUACAUCCUGGUGUGCAGGCCUGAUCUGAACACGGAGGAUUAUUGCCACAACCCCGCUGAGGAGGAGCCAAACACACAAUAAACCACAGCCACCUGCUCCUCAAGCUGCAUUUUGAGGAGAAAAUCCUGUUUAUGAGCACUCUGUGGCCCCAAGCACGAUCACAUAUCCUCAUAUGUGAUCAUAUUCCAUGUUUCCAUGAUCCUAAGUGUGCAUUUGGGAAGAAACACGAAGAUUUAGAGAAAAAAUAAAAGAUCUGAGGUGUUACUUUAGUUUUGAAAACUUUUUUAAGCCUUCUGUUAUGUUCUUCAUAUUAGAGUCAGAAGUUUCACCUUAUCACACUUUCUACUAUAAACACUGGCAAUGUUUUGCUAACUGUCUUUUAUUGUUUACAUAUUUCUAAGUAAGAGGAAAAAUGUGAUUGACAGCUCGACCAACGUAGAUUGAGAGGUGGAAUUCCAUCCUCCAAUCCACGGGCACCAUGAGAAAUGUAUAAAACUGGGUUUUGUAAAUAAACUCGCCCUCUUUUCCUGCUUCGCUCACCAGCGUGUCCUCGUGUGGUUCUUCCCGUGUCCACUGUGACACUGAGGAGGUGUCCCCAGCCUGCUGCUGAGGGCUGGGCACGGUCCAGGUGUGUUCUACAUUUUACAGAAUUCCAGGCUGCAGAAUUCUGACUUCCACAGCACCUCCCUUCUCUUCUGUGAAAGCCAGAGGAGCAGCCUCCAUCCCAUCUGGAAACACCUUUCAGCCCCAAAAAGCAGCCAAAAAUGGGUUCAGUUAAUGAAAAAACCUCCAGAAAUGAUAUUUUCCAUCAAUCUCUCAAGUCUGUCAACGUGAGGCAGAAUCCUCACCAACCCCACUGCCCUGCAAACACUCCUGGUAAUUUCCAUUUCUUCAUAAAGAGCAGCUCCAGAGAUGCAUCCAGGAAUCCCUUCCCCAGCCUUGUAAGAAUUUUCCAAAAUAUCCAAAUAAAAGAGAAAUGAAAAGAACAUUCUGGCAGGCAGCAGCAGCUGUGUGUGUGUGAUCCAAGGGGGCAUCGCCCAUUCAAAUCCCAGCUCCCUCCAUUUGUGUCCCAUGGAAAUCAGGGAAAGGCCACGGAAAUGAGCCCUGUGCAAAUCACACAGGCACAGCAGGAGCCUCCUCCACCCCCAAAAACCAGGCAAAGAUCACCAAAAAUCACCAAAAAUCACCAAAAACCAGGCAAAG